AUGGAUUUGCCGACGAUUAUGUAUCGUUAUAAUUCAAUGGCAUUAUUGAUGCCACAACGAAUUUUUUAUUGGAUUAUAACUGAGUAUAAUAUUACAUUGACAUUCGAACGACAAACUGUACCAAGUCCAAUAACAUCAUUCAUGAAUAAGAUGUAUCUACCUGUCAUAAGUCGAUAUUCAAGUUUUAUCAUCGGAUCAGUCUUAGCGUUGAAUUUGAUGAAUGCCAAAAACUCGAAUGUUAUUUAUUAUGGAAAGAUGAAAAAAUAUCUAUAUUUUACAUUAAUUUGGCUGUAUAUGCUCAUAUUAGUGACACCAGCUGAACCAACUGCAGUCAAUCAUGUACUACUUGCAAUCAUGAUAUCAAUUGGUCGACAAUUAUUUUCAAUAUCACAAGCAUUUAUUCUCUUUUCUGCUCUUUGUCCAUCUACUCAUCCUUAUCACAGUUCAUGGAUCAGAUCAUUUUUGUCACUUCCUAUCUGGACAUCAAUUGCCAAAUGA